UUAUGAAAUUAAUUGGACAAUGAACAUAGUUAUUCGCCAUAAAAAGAAUAAUAUAGGUUAUAAAUUACAUAAUCAAAUUAUUUGGUAAUGUUUCUUAAAUUUUAUUUAUAGAUUGAUGCAAUAUAUUUCUAAAAUAUUUUAACAGAUUUUAAAUUUAAUAGAUGAUCUAAUAUAUUUCUAAAUUAUUUGCAAAUUUCCUUUAAAUAGUAUGCCUAUUAUUUCCUAAAUUAUUCGCGUUAGGACAAUAUAUAUACAUACAUACUAUUCCUGUUAUUACCAUCAUCGACAAAAUCCGAAGCAGUUAAAAUUUGAAGUUUCAUAUAAAAAAAACAAGAGAUCGAGUGUAAAUCUUACUGCAUUACAAUGGUGGAACACACUAUUCAACUUCAAAACGGAGAAUUCCGUCCAUCUGAGCAACGAAAAGAAGUAGAUGAUGCAAGUUUACAACCACAAAAACCAGAUGAGAAUGCGAAUGCGAGUUCUUGUGAUUCUAGAUCUGCGCGACAAAAAGAAGUCGGAAAUACGAGCUCAAGUGAUGCUGACUUAGAAAAACGGAUAUUGUUGGAUGAAAUUACAGGCUAUGUACAAGAGAUCCCAAUUGGUUUUAAAUUCAAGCCCAAAGAUCACGUAAUUAUAGGAGAUUACCUUAGAAAAAAAGUUGCAAAUUGUCCUCUUCCGAUCCCGAGUGAUAUGAUACAAGAUAUUUCUGCAUCUGAUUUCUACAAGAAACAUCCGAAGGAUAUAGUAACAGAUGUACUAGAUCAAAGAGAAUGGUUCUUUUACAUAAAACGAGACGGGAUCAAAUUCGAAGACUACAAAAUCCGAGAAGUGGUAGAUGGUGUAGGAAAUUGGCAACCACUCCAACCAUUCGGUACAAGUAAGAGUUCGGUGCAAGAUUUGAAAGGGGAAACAAUCGGCUACAAAUUAAGCUUCAGGUUUUUCAGAAAGAGUGCGGAAUCUUCAAAGAGAACACAUUGGAAGAUGGACGUGUACGAAUUAACCGAACAAGAUACCGAAUGGGCGAUGGCUAGAGUCGAAAAAGGAAUUGAAUACAGAGGCGAGUGAGCAAUAAUCAUGCAAUAAUACAAUAAUACGAAGCAUGGGGUUGUUGCUUUGUACGUUGUAUUAGGUGUUGCCCUUAUUAAUUUAUUUUACGUAAUUUUACAACACUAAGUUGUACAAUUGUACAACACUGAGUUGUACAAGUCAUUUUUGAGUUGAAUAUAUAUUAGAUUAGAUUUAACAUGA